UGACCAAAGAAGGAGGAACCUAGAAGAAGACAUUCCGUCUUCGUGGUUUACUACGUGAAGGAACGCUCAGCAUGCUCGGCACCGUGCUUUCUCGGCUUGUCCCCCGACUGACCCGGCCCUUAGUCUGUCACUACGGGAGAGCUGUUCCUGUUCCGAGCGCUCAGCCGGAGGUCCAUUACAACAAGCUGUUUAUUAACAAUGAAUGGCAGGAUGCCAUGAGUGGGAAGACAUUUCCUACAAUCAAUCCGUCCACCGGAGAAGUCAUCUGUCAAGUUGCAGAGGCUGAUCAGGCAGAUGUAGACAAGGCAGUGAAGGCAGCACAUAAUGCCUUUAGGCUGGGCUCACCUUGGCGCCUUAUGGAUGCAUCUGAGCGGGGCCGGCUCCUUUACAGAUUGGCUGAUGCUAUUGAAAGAGAUUCUGCCUACCUUGCAGAGCUGGAGACUUUGGACAAUGGGAAGCCGUAUGUUAUCGCUUUUAACGCUGAUUUACCCUUGGUUGUGAAAUGUCUGAGGUACUAUGCAGGUUGGGCUGACAAGUGGGAGGGAAAGACCAUCCCCGUUGAUGGAGAUUACUUCACCUACACCAGACAUGAACCUGUUGGCGUCUGUGGACAGAUAAUACCUUGGAACUUCCCUCUGGUGAUGCAGGCCUGGAAACUUGGGCCGGCCUUAGCGACUGGUAAUACUGUUGUGAUGAAAGUUGCUGAGCAAACACCACUCACAGCACUCUAUGUGGCCAGUCUUAUUAAAGAGGUCGGUUUUCCUGAAGGUGUGGUAAAUAUCUUGCCUGGAAUGGGACCGACAGCUGGUGCGGCCAUUGCAAAGCACAUGGAUGUUGACAAGGUGGCCUUUACUGGAUCCACAGAGGUCGGUCAUCUGAUUCAACAGGCAGCAGGCAGCAGUAACCUGAAGAAAGUCACCUUGGAACUGGGAGGGAAGAGUCCGAAUAUUGUUUUGUCUGAUGCCAGCUUGGAUAAUGCUGUGGAGCAGUCCCACAUGGGCCUGUUUUUCAAUCAAGGCCAGUGUUGCUGUGCUGCCUCUCGACUUUUCGUCCAGGCAGAUGUCUAUGAUGAGUUUGUGGAGCGCAGUGUGGAGCGUGCUAAAAGAAGAGUGGUGGGAGACCCGUUUGACUUUAAGACUGAGCAGGGCCCUCAGGUGGAUCAGGAGCAGUUCAACAAGAUUCUUGGCUACAUCAGCAGUGGGAAGAGAGAAGGUGCCAAGCUGAUGUGUGGAGGAGGAGUGGCUGCAGACAGAGGCUACUUCAUACAGCCCACAGUGUUUGGAGAUGUCCAGGACAACAUGACCAUUGCCAGGGAGGAGAUCUUUGGUCCAGUGAUGCAGAUCUUGAAGUUUAAAACAUUGGAGGAAGUUAUAACCAGAGCAAAUGACACCAAAUAUGGACUUGCAGCUUCAGUUUUCACAAAUGACAUUGAUAAAGCCAACUAUGUGUCUAGUGGGCUCCGGGCUGGCACAGUCUGGAUAAACUGCUACAAUGUGUUUUCAGCCCAGGCUCCGUUUGGAGGCUACAAGGCCUCAGGAAAUGGCAGAGAGUUGGGGGAGUAUGGCCUGGAAGCCUAUACAGAAGUUAAAACGGUGACUAUCAAGGUGCCACAGAAGAAUUCAUAGACAUGUUCACUGAAGCUUGAGAUUUGCUGACAGAACAUGUCCAACUGUGAUGAGGAUCUUUUUGAUCUGCUUUGUUAUUCUGCUUUUAAUAUACUGCACAGAACAUAACAAAGGUGAAAUAAAACAUGUAUAAUGGAUCUUUUUCUUCCAUCUAUUAAAAAAAAUAAUUAUUGUUUGAGCCUUGUCAAUUGAUACCAUUACUGGAGCUAGUCAGUUGUAAUAAGAUUAGGAAGCCAGAAAUCACAAUACUGUAUUGUAACGCUACACAUUGAGGAAUAAACGACUAUUUCUGUAUAAAAGA